UUGGAAAUCCAGGAGCAUCUGUUCUAAUCCCUAAUUUUGAUUUUCCUUUUUACUUUCCUUCCACAUUCACUCCCAUUUUCUUUCCUUCUUCAUCUCAAUUCAUCACUCUGUAAAUUGGGGGGAGAUAAAAGUUCAGAAAAAGAAAGAAAAAUCAUCAUGACAACCGUGUUCCAGAUCAUCUCUCUCCAUCAUCAUCACCCUCUCCCCAAUCAGAAUUUCAAACCCAAAACCCUUUUUUGCGCUAUCCUGUAAUCACCCAAUUAAUCACUUGUUAGGGAUUUUUUUCUUUUGUGUUUUUGGUGUAAAUUUUUUUGCUGGAUGGAUGAUUGGAAUUUUGGGGGAGAAAGAGAGAGUUCGGAAAUCCGUUGAUGAUUCGCCUUUUCGGCUUUUCCCCACCAUCCCAUAACCCCAUCAUAGUCCAUACGUACCCUUUCUCUGCUCUCUUGUACAGCUGAUCCAAACCCCACACCCCUUUUUCUUCUGUUUUGACCCACUACUGUUGCUUCUGUUUCCUUCACUUUCCGCCUCAAAAUUAGGGUUUUAUUUUUUUUUUGUUGCUUCUAUCUUGUUUGGCCCUUUUCUUUUUUAUGUUUUUUUUAUUUUGCUUUUAGUUUCUGUUUCUGUUCCUUGAUCUUCGUGCUCGGUGAUCUCUGCUUCAUCUGUCUCUGGUGUAAAUUUGAAUUCAAACUCACUAGCCCUUGUUUUCUUUCUCCCUAUUUCGUUGUUUGUAUAUAUAAAUAUUUAAAUAAUUUGAAGAAAACAAUUUAAUGGCUUUUCAAUCGCUUUCAGCCGUAGCUAGGGUUUUUCUAAGGUUUUCAUGUUAAGAUGGUACUUUCUCUCAAUUAGAUCGACUUUAGUAUCACUUGAAUCGCCGAUCCCCCUUCUGUGAUUAAUUAAUUAAACCCUUUUUAUUUCUUCCGGAACUUUCUUCUCCCUUCUUUCUGUUAGAAAGCCCAAAAGGUCAGUUUUCAGUUUAAUUAGUUUAAGUAAGCGAUUAUGGCUUAUCAUCAUCAUCAGCAGCAGCAGCCGCCACAGCCGCCGAUGCCGGGCCCAAGCUCCGGUUCGGGUCCGGGUGGAUUUCAGUAUAUGAAUUCUCCAUUUGGAGACACGACUUUCACUAAGGUAUUUGUCGGAGGGUUGGCUUGGGAGACUCAGAGUGAGACCAUGCGACGUUAUUUCGAGCAAUUUGGGGAGAUUCUUGAAGCCGUGGUCAUAACCGAUAAGAAUACUGGCAGAUCCAAAGGAUAUGGUUUUGUGACUUUCCGGGAUCCUGAAUCAGCCAGGAGAGCCUGUGCCGAUCCAACUCCAAUUAUUGAUGGCAGACGAGCAAAUUGUAAUUUGGCUUCAUUAGGGAGACCUCGACCAGCGGUUCCUUUUGGACGCUUCAGAUCUCCGGCACCUUACCUUGGAGGCUUACCAGCUGCUAGGGGUGCUUACAUUGGAAGUUUUGGCUAUCAGCAACCUGUUACUUAUGGAUUUCAACAAGGCUUGUUGUAUCCUCCGUAUGGGUAUGCUGCAUACAAUCCAGAAUAUGCUUACUCUCAGGGUGUUUACAGUCCUUAUGGAAGUCAACAAUACCUUCACAUAUAUGGUCUGCCUGGAACGGUUAACACAACUAUGUAUCCUUAUAGCCAGUUGAGCCAGGGUGUUCCAGGAAGUCAUAGUUAUACAGCAUUGCCAGGGUAUGCAGUGCCUGGUCAUCAGAUAAUGCAGUUUGGUGGGCCUAGUGUCAAUCCAAUGACAACAUCAUCUGUUCCAACUAUUCCAACACCAUAUCCUGCGGGCAGAUCUGGGGCUAACAUGUUGGUUGUAUCAGGUGUUGCAACACCUAUUCCACAGCAGCCACAGUUCAUACUACCUGCGCAUUCUCCUCAAUUCAUGCCAGGUAGCGGUUCUGACCAAAAUGCUGGGUGAGGGUUUGAUCUAGGUUCCCUUAGAUUGCAGCAGGACUAAGAGCAGCAGUACUGCCACUUGAUUGGCGGGCUUCAAAUCUAGCCUUGCAAAUUAUUCGUUUUGCAUUCUAGAGGUCUUACAUUGUCACGCUCACCAGAGAAGUCAAUGUCCGAGUCGCUCCUGACGGUGGAGAGAGGAACUGGAAUGUGCGGAUUGCACGUCCUUUAACUUGGUGUAUCUAAAACUCUUGUGUUCCGCCAGCCUUAUGGAUGACUGGCGGAGAGUCGUGGAAGGGUGGUGGCUGGAAUGGGUUUCUGGCCGUCGACCUGGGAAUAAUGAACCGUGUAAAAGGAAUAUUAUGGGUAGAAUCAACAUAUGAUUCUUUUUAUAGUGGGAGUCCCCAGCAUUUUGGGUUGUGUAGAUAGUAGUAGUCUCUGGUGUUCCCUGUGUUGCAUCCUGCAUUGUAUUUAAGAAAAGGAAGUCGGGUCAGCAUCAUCAUCAUCAUCCAUCAUCUUGUGCAUAACAACAGAUGUUAGGGUUUCAUUGGGACAUUGCUUGUAAUCAAAUCUGGAUUAAUUUUAGAGCCUGACUUCAAAAUAUGAAAGAAGCUCAAGGUCUUAAAAUAGGAAGAUGGUUCUUUCUGUUAUUAUCUGUUCUCUCCUCAA